CAGCUGCGCAGAACCGGAAUACGACAGCUUCCAAUCAAGUGUUGCCACAUUUGCCGGUACGGCAAAAUAACUUGAACAUUGCAUCAACUAAACAGCUUAACUUGAACAGAAAUAACAAAAGAACAUAGCAGGGAGACAUUUCUCUGUCGUUAUGCACUGCCUUCAAGGAGGAUGGCUAGCUUUGCUAGCAAUAAUAAGCCUGGUGCUACCUACAGCUUAUGGUGCCAGUCUUGCUGUGAUGUCCAUUGAUCUUGGAAGUGAAUUCAUGAAAAUAGGAAUUGUGAAGCCUGGUGUUCCUAUGGAAAUUGUCUUAAAUGACGAAUCUGCAAGAAAGACAUCAACUAUUGUAGCUUUAAGAAAUGGGGAAAGAUUGUUUGGUUCAGCAGCAGAAAAUACGGCUGUGAAAUUUCCAAAGAUGGCAUAUUGGUAUUUGACACAAAUAAUUGGUAAACGGUUUGAAGACCCACAUGUAGAGAUGUACAGAAAAAGAUUUCCUUAUUAUAACAUAAUCAAGGAUGAAGUUCGAGGGACACCAUUAUUUAAAGUGGAUGAUGAGACCACAUACAGUCCAGAAGAGUUGUUGGCUAUGGUGCUGGAAAAAGCCAAGAGUUCAGCCGAGGCAUUUGCAGAUACUCCUAUUUCUGAUGCUGUGAUCACCGUUCCCUCCUACUUCACACAAGCUGAGAGACGGGCUGUAAGAGAAGCUGCGGAAAUGGUGGGAAUCAACGUCCUACAGCUGAUCAGUGAUAAUGUGGCAGUUGCCUUGAACUAUGGUGUGUUUAGAAGAAAAAUGUUCAAUAGCACUACACAGUACUACAUGUUUUAUGAUGCUGGAGCCACAAGUACCUCUGCCACAAUUAUAGGAUAUCAGAUGGUGAAAGUGAAAGAGGGAGACCGAGUGGAGACAUACCCUCAGUUGUCUGUUAAGGGAGUAGGUUUUGACAAAUCGUUGGGAGGUCUGGAGAUGACUCUACGACUGAGAGAGCACCUUGCCAAAUUAUUUAAUGCCCAGAAGAAAACCAAAACUGAUGUCUUUACAAAUGAUAGAGCCAUGGGCAAACUGUUUAAAGAGGCUAAUAGAUUGAAGAAAGUCCUAAGUGCAAACACAGAACACAUGGCACAAGUGGAGGGCCUAUUGGAGGACAUUGAUUUCAAGGCCAAGGUCACUCGAGAUGAGUUUGAAGAAAUGAACAAGGAUUUGUUUGAACGUGUCCUCAAACCUAUUGAAGAUGCACUAAAAACAUCACAUGUCACACUGCCAGAAAUUACAGAUGUAAUUUUGAUGGGUGGUGGAACUAGAGUCCCUAAAAUGCAGGACAUGUUACUGAAAUACAUUAAAAGAGAUGUCUUGGGUAAAAGCAUUAACACAGAUGAAGCUGCAGCAUUAGGAGCUGUGUAUCAUGCUGCUGAACUUGGAAAAGGAUUCAAAGUUAAAAAGUUCUUAAUCAAGGAUGCCUGUCACUAUCCCAUAGUUGUAGAAUUUGAGAAACAAACAGCUGAGACUACGGAGGACAAGCCUAAAGUUGUCAAAAGGACAUUGUUUGGUAGAAUGAAUCCAUACCCUCAGAAAAAAGUGAUGACCUUCAACAAGCAUGUGAAAGAUUUCUCUUUCAAUGUCACAUAUGGAGACUUAAGUUUUCUGAGUGCUGAGGAUUUAAAGUCCUUCCCUGACCAUCUGAUCCACACCUAUCACUUGAAGGGAGUGGAGGAAGCAUUAAAGAAACACGCUGAAAAAGCCGAGAGUAAAGGGGUGAAGGCUCACUUCAGGAUGGACGAGGAUGGAAUCCUACAUCUAGAUAAGGUAGAAUUUGUGUUUGAGAAGGAAGGCGAGGCAGAAGAAUCCACUUGGUCAAAGCUUGGUGAUACUAUAAGUGGGCUGUUUGGUGGGAAAGACAAGAAAGAAGAGGAGAAAAAACCAGCUACAGAUGAAACUGCUCAAGAGGGAGACAAAUCCAGCGAUAAGUCUGGUGAAGGGAAAAAAGAACCUGAUGACCAACAACCAAAAGCAGACAGUGGGGACAAAAAGAUUCCAGCAGAUGAGGAAAAAAAGAAAGAUGAAACAACAGAAAAACCUGCCGAGGAGAAAAAGGUUGAUGAUAACAAAACAGAUAAAAAAGACACAGAGAAAGCUGACAAUACAACAAAAACAGAAAACAAAACAGAGGAGGUCAAGCCUAAAGUAUUGGUUAUUAAAGAAGACAUUGUUGCAGAGAAUGUUUCUUUUGACAUCCCUCCUAUUCCUGCUGACAAAUUUAAGGCCUCUAAAAAAAGGCUCACUGAUUUGACAGCCAAAGACAAAGAGAAGAAAUUGUUGGAGAAGGCUAAGAAUGACUUGGAAGCUUUUGUUUAUGACAUGGGUGACAAGAUACAUGAUGAGGACCACCAGAAAUGUUCUACAGAAACAGAGAGAGAGGAAUUGUCCAAAAUGUUGUCUGAUGCAGGAGAGUGGAUGUACGAACAGGAGGAAGAUGCAAAGAAAGAGGUGUUCCAGAAUAAGCUUAAGGAGUUGAAGAAAGCAGUUAAAGACUUGAAGCACAGAGUCAAGGAGCUUAUUGAACGUCCUAAGGCAUUAGAAGCUCUGAACUCAAUGCUGAAUCAUUCUGAAUAUUUUUUGGUCAGUGUAAAGAAUCUGACAUUGGGAGAGGAUCCUAUGUUUACAGAGGUGGAGGCAAACACACUGGAGAAAUUAAUCAAUGAGUCAUAUCAAUGGUUAGAAUCAAUGACAAAGGAACAGAAUCUCACCCCACUGACAGAAAAACCCAAGAUGUUGGUGGAGGAUAUUGCCAUAAAAUACCAAGCUCUAGAUAGGGAGGUCAAGUACCUAAUCAACAAGGCCAAGAUAUACCGCCCCAAAGCCAAACCCAAAACUAGCAAAAACACAACGUCCACAAAUGAUACAAAAACUAAUGAUACCAAGACAGAAUCUUCAACAGGAGAUGAUAAGAGUGCAAAAUCUGACAAGGAUGAGGGACCACAAUUGGAUGUACCAGAGACAGAAACUAAGGCUCCGAAAAGGAGACCCAAGUCAAAACGAGGGGAGGAGAAAACUGAGGGAGAAGAAGAAAUUUUACAAUUAGAUGAGAGUGAUAAACAAGAGAAAUCACAAGAUACAACAGAUAAAACAAAAGAUACAGAUGACACAGUGACACAUGAUUCUAGCGAUUUAUAACCCCAUUGGAUAUUAGGAAUAAUACAUUGAACAACUUACUCAUUACAUGUUACACUGUGUUUGAUUGGUUGGAUUUAAAGAUAAAAUAUUUAGCAAUUAUGGGCUUGACAUGCAAAGAAAGUUGGAUUUUUUGCAUUUGAAUUGGGGUUAUAGGCAAAGGAUUAAUUUCCAUUUUUUGCCGUAAAUCUGUUACUUGAAAUUUAAUUUCACAUGGACUUGGUGAACCGAAAAAAAAUCAAGAUAUUUUUUAAGACCUUAAGAAAGAUGAUAUAUUGAUAUCAUUUACAUUAAACUUUGUUUUAUGAAAGACUAAGUACUGUUAAUAGAAAGAAGAAUAAUGUUUAAAAGUAUUUUUUAGCAUAUCAUUCAGUAUUUCCUAAUGUGUCUUGUAAGACUAUAGUUAAUAGCUGUUGGGUAAAUUUUGUUCUUGCUGUGCUUGUUGUUUGAAUAUUCAUUUCCAUAGAAAUCAUUUACAUGAAAAUAGAACCACAAUACAGUACCUGUAAGUGUUCAGUUUUGUCCUCAGCAUAAAUUGACCUACCUUAGUUAAAUCCUAUUCUAUUUGCAUCUCGACUUUAAGUCAUAAUACUUUUGUAGUAUGAAUGGAUGGUGAAUAGACACGAUGGUGUAUUUGUUGUGUGAAAGAUGCCAAAUGUGAUGAAUUAUUUAUGAACAUUUCAUGAUAGUUUAUGAAUGCUGUAUCGUUGUAAAUGUUUUCAUGUGAUAUCAUGCUACAGGUGCUGGCAUGAUGUAGAUAGUGUUAUAUUGUGAAGAAAAAUAUGAAAUAUGUAAGAAAAUUAUCCAUUGAAUUGGAAUCUGAAUUUUUUGGCAGUUGGUGCUUUAGGAUCAUUACUACAUUUUUAUGUAGCACCUUUACAUUCCCUUUUCAUUUGUUUUUGGCAAUUAAUGCAAAUGGUUACAUGGCAUUGUUUGGAUUGAUGAUUGGACAAUUGUGUAUGCAUGUUCGAUAUGUGAAAUGCAGUAUAUGAGAUGGUAGAUGGUGCAAAGUUUUUCGUAGAAUAUGACUUCAUUAUUGUUGGUGAAAAAACAAAAAGAAAUAAAAUUUAUUUA